AUGGGCGAAUGGUUGAGUCGGAGAAGCGGUACCGCCCGGGACCCAAUUACACCAGCGUUCGGCUUGCACCUGACAUUCCAGCAACCCGCCAUGAUCAUGACACCGCGAUCCACAAAACAGAGUGGUCUAGCUUCAUUAGCGUGUACCGAGUGUCGCAAACAGCAUCUAAAAUGUGACGCCCGAAAACCGACAUGCUCACGUUGCUUGCAAAAUGAGUACUUUUGCCAGUAUCUCCCCUCACGACGCGGCGGCCGCAGGAAAACCCGCGAGCCCCAUCGCCGCGCCUCUUUUUGUCAAACAGACCAGAUUGACACAUCUUUGAUUGCACCUGUUACCGAGCUUGGUCAGCCUGAUACGCCUGACAGUACGUCACUGCCGAGAGCAUCAGUAGGCGUUCCAACAGGCCAGGUCCCCUGGCCUAUAUUUCCCUCAAGAAACGAACUUCAUCAAUCAAGGGCAGAGUCAUCUCGUGAUUCAUGGUUCCAGGAUGACCGCUUUUUACGAUUAUUUUACGAGAACUUCCAUGUUGCACAUCCAAUCCUCGUUCCAAGCGCUGUGUAUCGGGACCGACAGUAUCCCGACUUUCUUCAAAUGGUCGUGAAUUUCGUUGGGUCUCAUUAUAUCUCGUCAAAUCCAAUCCAACAGUACAAAGAAAAAGUGAUAACAGAGCUCAGUUGCAGCCCAGAUAGAUCGCCGUGCAUGGUUCAAGCGUGGCUUAUCUACUCGAUUGCAGUUUACGCCCGAGGCGAAUGGCAGGAAGCCCAGGAUGCAUUUUCACGUAGUGUGGAGAUUGCUCUAGAGCUGGGCAUGAACAAACGGGAUUUUGCUGCAUCCGCGCACCCAGAAACCUCCAUUGAGGCCGAAAGCAUGCGCAGGACAUGGUGGGAGUUGUACAUCACAGACGUGUUCAUGGCUGCACCCUUCAAACACACGACUUUUCAAUGCAGCACGAUGGCACCGGAGGUUGCUCUGCCUUGUGAGGAUUCGGCGUAUACGGGUACAUGCGACAUCCCAAUCCCUUGCAAUAUCCUUGAUUUCAAGCGAAGAGUCUUCGCCCCUGAUGAGACAGUCUUCUCGUCAUCCAGUUACCGCAUUGAGGCCGUGACUAUCUUAUGUCGUGCUCUUGUGUUGAAUGGACUUCGAGAUUAUCACCGAGAUCACCUGCAAGCCGUCGAGAACGCCCUAGUCAGUUGGAUCAAUCACUUGCCAUCAAAAAAGUUGGAUAUCGUCGACUCAUACGGAAACAUUGACGAGAUGAUGUUUCAAGCACAUAUGACAAUCGCCUAUGCGACAAUGCUCCUUCACCUACCCCGGAGCGAUCUACAACCUGUUUUGUCACAAUCGGACGAUCAAUUCUGGCCGGUUGCCACACGCCAUCUUGCAUCAACACUUAACCGCUCAAUCCACAGUAUAAAGGCCACUGAAGCCUCGCGACGUCUAUCCGACGCCAUCUCCCUUUGCCCCAAUGUCCCGAAACAUACCCCCUUUGCAAUUCCUGCUUUAGCGCUCUGCGGGAUGAUCCAGCUCGCCACCUCUAUUAAGCAUAAUGAAGAGUGCUUCGAUCAUCAUUACAACCGAGUCACCCUCAUUCUGGGAUGCUUGAAAAGUACAAAACGGAUCUGGAACUUGGCGGACGAUGCCUACAAUCAUUUAAGAACGUCUGCGGCAGAUAACCUGUCAGAUUCUAUGGAGCGCUGGUGCACGGAACCUCCCAGGAAGCUGUUCCCAUCAGAUUCGACACCGAGUAACACAGAACGUCCCAACCAGCCUGCACGGCCAAUCUCGGCAAUAUCGGAGGGUCAGGAAAUGUUGUUUCCUCCCCUUGGGUCAGCCUUUGUUGAUCCGACUUGUUACAACGAUUCGUUCUUUACCUCACUCCCUGACUUUGAUAUCCACUGA